UGCCUGGCGAGAAACAGCUCUGUCAUAAUCGAUCUGCAGGACAAUUAUCCGAUCAUGACUUCCCCCGAAGAAUUGAGUGGCAAGACCGCUGUUUUGUGUGCAGAAGGAUAUUUAGAGUCCUCUCAAAUUCAAGAUGCAGACAGCAAUACUUUCACGGGGAUCAGAGACAUGUAAGGGUAGAGGUUGUUUUCUUGAAAACAGUUCUUGCACCGGCUAUAAAGUGGACUAAGGCCCGGUUUAGUCGCCGGUCCACUCAUGUGCCGAACCUGUGUCCGGUAUACAAAGUAAAUGCCCUUUUAAGGCUUCAAGUUGGCCUUUUUCUGAUGCAAAACGUCUUCCUCUUAAUCACUUUUUAUUAUUAUUGGUCUGUACUCAAAAGAAAGCACUGUACACAAUGAGAUUUUUACCAAGCCGUAGCUAAGUAAUUAGUGGGUGUUUGCCCAUGUAAAGUCUAUUUAAAAAUUGGUUUUCUGACCUACCUUCAUAAACACAAUAUGGUUUAUGACUUUACUCUGUAAAAUGGGAAAAAUUAAGGGUAAUUUUAUACUGCAAAUUCUUCAUUGUUAUCUUGUCAGGUGGGAUAAUAUGUUACAAAUGACAGUGCUCAUACUGGAAUCCUCAAAUUUGGGUGAACUUUAUGUAACAGGCAAAGGUUGUCUAAUGAUAAAAUUCAAGGCAUGUGUUCCAUGUUAGUUAAUGUCCAUACUUUUUGUGUAUGGAACUUUUCUCCAGGGGAUGUAAACUUACAGGAAAUAAAAAGUAGAGGAAUGACACCAAUAUGGGAUCUGACAUGUUUGCAGUUACUUAAGGGGGUGAACCUAGGAUAAUUAUGACUUGGAGGGUGGGGACACCCUCACUUUAAGUGCAAAGAAGAAGAGGUGUCUGGGAUAAAAGAGGGAAGUGUAUUUGGAGGUAAGAAAAUGGGGGUAUCUACCAAAGACCCACCCCCCACCCCUGCCUAUUUUUUCCAGAGGUCUAAAGUUGUAAGGAAAAAUAUUGAUAUAGUGAUAGUCCCAUGAACAGCUAUUGUAUCCAGUGAUAAGUAAUAAUAUUGUUCUGUUGUUUUGCAGAUUUGGUGGUAUCACGAUCAACACAGAAAAGGAAACAUGCAAGGGUGAAAAGGAAUUUGAAACGAAACUGGUUUGUAAGUCUUCCUUGCUUUUCUUAAUUUUUGAGAUAGUGUUUAUGUGGUUAACUUUGUGACUCCUAUUUUUCUCUGAUACUUGAUACUGAUUUUUCUUCAGCAUCAUUAGAGAAGUUCAAGCAAGGUGCUAUCCGAGGAGUUUGGCUGAGAAUAUCAAUUAAGAAUUCUACAUAUAUUCCUAUUGCUGUGAAGGUUUGUGGUUGUAGAAGUUUAACUUUAUGUUAACUUGAAACAGUUGGAAUAUGUACUUUGCUUCAGGUGAUCCUUAACCCUUUAAACCUUAAGAUCAAAUUGAGAUUCUCACUUACUGUCCCUGUACUUUUUCAAUAGAAAUAGUGGGGAGAAUUUGUUGAAAUAUCAGUUAGACUCAUCUUCCCUGAUUAUGCCUUCAAUCCUCAUGACCACUCUGUUUUCUAAAGCAUUGAUACUAUAAGGAGAAAUUUCGUGCUGAUCAUUCUUAGAACAAAUUGAGAUUCUCAUUUACUGUCCCUUUACUUUUUCAAUAAAGUAGUGGGGAGAAUUUGUUGAAAUUUCAAUUAGACUCAUCUUCCUUGAUCAUGCACUCAAUUCUCAUGACCACUCUGUUUUCUAAAGCAUUGAUACUACAAGGAGAAAUUUCAUGCUGAUCACUCUUAGAACAAAUUGAGAUUCUCAUUUACCGUCCCUAUACUUUUUCAAUAGAAAGUGGCGAGAAUUUGUUGAAAUUUCAAUGAGACUCAUCUUCCCUGAUCAUGUACUCAAUUCUCAUGACCACUCUGUUUUCUAAGGCAUUGAUACUACAAGGAGAAAUUUCAUGCUGAUCACUCUUAGGGCUUAAAGGGUUAAUUAUGAGUCAAGGGAGUGAAUAGACUCUACAAAAGUCCUUAAUUUCUUUUGUAUUUUAUUUAUGUUUAUCACAAAAGUUUUUACAAGGAAUUUAAACAGGUUAACUCUGCUACAUUAACUAUACAUGGUAACCAUACUCAAGAAAGAAAGGAACGAGUAGGAAAGAAAGAAAGGACAUUUCUUUUUCGUUAGUUCCUUAUUUUUGCUAAAAUUGAAUAAAAGUCGUUAAUGAUGGAGAGAAAAAGAGAUAUCAUCUCCCCAAAAAAUUAAGAUGACUUGUCUGUAAGUCAAGGAGAAUAGGAAAAUAAAAAAAUAUAUGGAGUAUUUUAGUGCUAAAUGCAAUCACUUUUGUUAUUUAAGAAUAAAGGAUUCAACAGUACUUUUAACCUCAUCUCCAAGACUGCACUCUUUGGUACGCUUUUUUUUUAAAUUUGUUGACACUUUGUUACACUUUUAAGUGAUAAAAAAGUUUUAAACAUUUUGUUUGAUGUUGAGAAAGAUGUUUAUUCAGUCAGUGGCACAAGCAGCUCAGAAGAAAAAAAAACAAGUACUCCCAGUAGGAGCUGAACCUGUGACCUUCUGUUUACUACUCCAGAGGUUCUACCACUCAGCAACAGGAGACUGAUCAGUGGUGGAUCCACACAUUCAGAUAAGGGAGGGGAGAGGCGGGGUGGGGGUGGGGGGGGUUUGGUGUUCUCAAAAAGUGUCUUUUGACUCUUUGGGCCUCAGUUUGGUCUAAAAAUAAUAAUAGUGUCCCUCCCCUGGAUCUGCCACUGCUGAUAAUAGCUAAGACCACUAACUAUUUUUGGUUGUUUUUGUUUGCAAUAGCAUGGUUUUGUAUUUCAUCACACAUAUCCACAUCACAUUGUCAUGACUCAGUGGCUGCCCAAGACUGAACCAAACACCCUUCCAACAUUUGCUACAAGUUAUCUUGGUAUGCUGGUUGACAAGCUUGUUACUCUACAUUGAGCAAUGUAUUUUUAUUAUAGGACUAGAUCUUUCUAUUGUCAGUCAUAACCCAUGAUAUGAUCCUGAAGUCACAAUAUGCUCUGUAAAAAUGGCUGAAUAAAUUUAGCAGACAUACGGAAUUCUCCAUGUUAUAGCUACAUGUAGGAUCCAUGAACUUUAACCUUUUAAAAGACAUCUCUAUUCCACAUUUUCAAACAUCGAAUUCAGCUGGUAGAUUUUAGAAACUUUUUCCAACUACCUUUUGUAAUCUUGUCAGAAGUGCUUAAUAUCUUGAUGCCCACUAUCAUAUCAUGAAACAUUUCUACAUAAAUAAUGGUCUUCAAUAACUAUUUUCCUCAAUUUCGAAGCACCACCUACUUCCGGUCAUGAAGGGACUAAUUUGAUUUUACAGGGGUCAAAGGGUCUUGUACGGUUUGGGAGCACGCAGCAUAAUUGAAGUCUAGCUCUUAUCGAGCUAAAAUUUUUUUAUUGUCAAUAUUUUUGACCAACUAGUUGGAUUUUAAUAAGUAGUUUCUUAGAAAUCGAUUUUGAGAUAAAUAUUAGCGAUAAAAAAUCAUGACGUUUCGACCUCUCCGAGGUUGUGAGUGAACAAUGCGUGGUGUAUUCUUUCCAGUGUAGCCUGUGUGAUGCAGGCUAUGUCGGCUACACGUGCCGACACCUACACCAACAAAUUGAAGAACACAAAGGAUCGGCAAUCGGAAUCUUAAGAAAGAAUCUUAGAAAGUGUCAGAACAAAUUUGACUGCCUUAUUUUUGAAAUGUUUUUUAUCCAAGAUGCCCACUAUCAUAUCAUGAAACAUUUCUACCUAAAUAAUGGUCUUCAAUAACUAUUUUCCUCAAUUUCGAAGCACCACCUACUUCUGGUCAUGAAGGGACUAAUUUGCUUUUACAGGGGUCAAAGGGUCUUGUACGGUUUGGGAGCACGCAGCAUAAUCAUUUUGUUUCGCAAAAUCGAUGGAGCUUUAAUUUUUUUUUGUGCUUUUGUUAUUUUAGGUGCUGGUGGAUUAGUUAUCAAUGAGAAGAAUCAAGUUUUAGCUGUUUGCGAGAAAUAUAGAAGAAAACAACAUUGGAAGCUGCCAGGAGGCAUGGUUGACAGAGGUCUGUACUAAUUGAAUGCUAUCGAUAAUGUUUAAUACUCACUACAGGAACUGUCAUAGGGAGCAACCAAUAAACCUUUGAGUUAACUGCUCUGAAGUCUAUUCCCUCCUAAUUGUUCUUAACAAAAUAGACUUGUGCAGUUAAACAUUAAGUUGCAACACUAGGAAAUUUAAUCCCUUUCCUUAAAAUAGAUGGAAAAUACUAAUAAGCUUCUUUUCUAUUGGCACCAAUGAGUUAAAAUAGUUUGGAAGUAGCAAAGUUUGACUUUGUUUCAAGUGAGUAGUGUGACAAUGGCAUAUCACAGUUCUAAUUCAUUGACAAUCUAUUAACAAAAUGACUCAUGCCUCAUAAAAAAACCUAAAUAUGGCUUUGGUGUGCAAAUCAACUCAUACAUUUUAGUAAAAUCCAUCUAGUGGUCUAUUAUCAAUGCUGUGUUCUGAUUGGUUGAGCUACUACUAGGCUAUAUGUUGUAGCCCACUAGUAGCGAAAAGUGUGGGCUUUUGGUGGCAAAAAAGGAUUGAAGUCUAGCUCUGAUCUAGCUAAAAAUUUUUUAUUCUCAAUAUUUUUGACCAACUAGUUGGAUUUUAAUAAGUAGUUUCUUAGAAAUCGAUUUUGAGAUAAAUAUUAGCGAUAAAAAAUCAUGACGUUUCGACCUCUCCGAGGUUGUGAGUGAACAAUGCGUGGUGUAUUCUUUCCAGUGUAGCCUGUGUGAUGCAGGCUAUGUCGGCUACACGUGCCGACACCUACACCAACGAAUUGAAGAACACAAAGGAUCGGCAAUCGGAAACCACCUCAGAGAGCAGCAUGAUAUGGAGCCUGAAGACAUCGCACAAGUUUUAGAAUCUUAAGAAAGUGUCAGAACAAAUUUGACUGCCUUAUUUUUGAAAUGUUUUUUAUCCAAGAACUGAAACCGACGCUUUACAAACAGUGCGAUUCAAUUCGCGCCAAAUUAUUUGUUUAGUGUAGUUCUUGUUAACAUUGUUUUAUUUCCAUUGUUUUUUGACUUUAUAAAUAUUUUUAACACUUUUUACAUUUUUACAUAUUUUAUCACAUUUUAGCGUUCACCACAUUUUUAUCUAUUAUAACUUGUUUUUAACUUAUUUAUGCUAAUUUAGAGAACUUUUAUACACUUGAAAAUGACCUCGGAGAGGUUGAAACGUCGUGAUUUUUUGUCGCUAAUAUUUAUGUCAAAAUAGUUGGAUUUUACUAAAACAAUUAUUCCUCUCGCCCUCAUGGCCUCUGAGUCAAUAGCCCAUGAGGCCGAAGGCCGAAUGGGCUAUUGACUCAGAGCCCAUUCAGGGUCGAGGAAUAAUUGUUAAGUAAACUAUAUGUUCACCAUGCUAUUAUGUACUUUACUCUGUACAGUGGAACCUCAAUAUAAUGAAACAUUAUAUGACCAAGUCCUCAGUAUGACAAAUGAUUUUCUUUACCCUAGUAAUCAACAUAUAAAAAAGAACCUCGAUAUAGCAAACAAAUUUUGCCAGUCCCUUAGUCCUUUGUUAUAUCGAGGUUCCACGGAAAAUAGUUCUCACUUGGUAUACAAAAUUAACAGCAUCUGACCUCCUUGUUUUGCUCCAUGCGAAAACGUUCACAGAUGAAAGCAUCAUUGAAGCUGUGAAAAGAGAAGUUUUUGAAGAAACUGGAAUCGAAACUGAGUUUGUCUCUCUUGUCUGCUUUCGUCACCUUGUAAACUUUCGUUUUGGCUGUUCUGAUGUUUAUUUCAUCUGUCAUCUGAGACCAUUAACUCAAGAAAUCAAAAUGGACACAAAAGAAAUUGCUGCUGCACAAUGGAUGGAUGUAAGUGCUUCAAGCAGAAAUGACCUGUACUGUUUUUUUAAUAUCUAUUUUUAAACCCCUGAAACUGCCCACCUACCCCUCCCCUAAAUAAGUCACAAUUUUGCUGUAAGUGAAAAGUAAGUGUUAAUGUUGGAUUAGGGGAGGGGUAGGUGGGCAUUUUCCCAAAAACCGUAUUGAUCUGACUAGGGAUGAAGUUUGUGCUGCGAACGUUCUUAGAAUAACUCUGACCCUAUUUAAUGGGGAAUGACAUAAAAAAAAUUGAUAUCCUGUUUUAAGGUUAUGUCACAUAAGACAGCAAUGUUGGAACAAUGUUGAACUAUUCAAAACAAUGUCGUAACAAUGUUGCAACGUUCUGUAAUGCACAGAAAAUAGUUGUUGCGAAUCGUCCUUUAAGGAUCAAAAGUGAAAAGAACAGCUUGAUUAAAGAAUGACGUGAAAACGUCAUAUAUUUUUUUUUUGUGCAUGGAUAAUGUUAUCCAUGUUAAAGUUAUGAUGUUAUCCGUUUUUUGUGCAUGGAUAAUGUUAAUGUUGCUCUUUUAGAUUAAUGCAAUAAUUUUUAUGAUAAAUCAAGAGAUAAAUGAAUGAGGACGUUUUUUUGCCUUUUUGUCUUCUUUUUUUUAGUUAGAUGAGUACAUUGCAAGCCCAUUGGUCAACGACAGCAACCGGUUCAUUGCAGAGUCCUACAAGAACAGCUUUCAGAAUAAUGACAGCGUGCUGAAAAUUGAAGCGAAGCAAAUCCAAGUUGGCAAGGCGACUGCAACAUUCUUUAGCUUAAAUCAAAAUAAUUUACAGAGUACGUUAUAGAACGAACACAACACAGGACUCCGGUCACCUCGCCACCAACUAAUGACUCUGAAAUAUUAAAUCAGAAUAAUUGACACGGUCUACUCACGUAGGUUUCUCAGGCGUGACCCCCUGUCUAUCCAUCUCAAAAUUAGUGGAUUGUUAUGCAUGGGGUACUUGACUUGCUCCUAAUCUUCACGCGGCUCUACCACCAAAAAAAUUAUACCAUUCGCCCGCUAAUCCCACAGUUGGCGGCGAGUUGGUCGGCGCCGGGUCGACUUCUUUUGGUGGCGAGGUGGUUGGUGGCGAAAUGACCGUUAGCCACAGAACAUGACAAGCAACUGCGUUUUUUACUUUCGCAACUUGAUGUACAAAACCAUUUCAUACUCAAUUCAAACCUACAAUUAAAGCAAAGUUUUUAUCUAAGUUGUGUCAAGACUGAAAUUGUUCGCAACUUCCUAUUUAUUAUUUUAUUCAAGUGAACGUUUUUUCAACCAGUAAAUUGCAGUUUCAUUGAAAACUGAAACACGGACUCGGAUUGGAAGCUCAGUAACUAGAACUUUUGCCGGACAAUAUCAAACCAAACAUAUCGCUAUAGAGACAAAGUAAAAACUUUAAUAGAGGAAAGAGUCAUUUCAUAUUUCUUCUAAACUAUUUGUUAGUCUACCAACACAAAAUGAGCAAUUAAGGGCUAUAUCCAUGCACGUCCGCUCAAGUUUUACAAACAAACAAAGUUAUACGUCUUCGGGUUCAGUGAAGACUUCAUCCACACAAGAUUAAUACAAAAGUUGACGUUAACAGUCACUAGAGAAGACAGGCUUCAACAUCGUAUCGGUCCAACACCCAAAUACCUGAAAUACUCACAAAGCAAUAUCUUAACUGGAGAU